GGGGAAAGAAGGUGCAGGCAGGCGGGCAGGCGGGCGGGCGCCCUGGCCCAGGGCCGCGGGUGCGGGAGCCCGGCGAGGUCGAGCUGGGCGGCGGCGGGGGCCGCGCCGAGGGAGGAGGGGAAGGCGGAGGCGCGGGGAGCGUGUUUGGGGCGCCGCGGCGGGGAGGGUGGCGGCCGCUGGUGCGCGCGGGGCGCUGUGUGUGCGCGCUCCCCCGCUCGGGGAGGAAGAUGGCCCAAAAGGGAAAGUUGGGGUGACGCGCGUGGUCCCCGGAGGCUCGGCGGGGGGCACCGCGGCCAGCCCGACGGAGCGGCGGACACACAGGCCGGGGGGCGCGCAGUCCGGGCGCCGCCGCGGCCGCCCCCUCACUGCAGGUGGCAGCGGGUGCGCUGGGUCCCGGCGGCCGCGGGCGCGGGCGGGCGCGCGGGGGAGCCCGGCGGAGGGAUGGGCUGCGCCCCCAGCAUCCAUGUCUCGCAGAGCGGCGUGAUCUACUGCCGGGACUCGGACGAGUCCAGCUCCCCCCGCCAAACCACCAGCGUGUCGCAGGGCCCGGCGGCACCCCUGCCCGGCCUCUUCGUUCAGACCGACGCCGCCGACGCCAUCCCUCCGAGCCGCGCGUCGGGACCCCCCAGCGCAGCCCGCGUUCGCAGGGCCCGCAUCGAGCUGGGCAGCGGUAGCAGCGCGGGUUCCGCAGCCCCCGCCGCGACCACCAGCAGGGGCCGGAGGCGCCACUGCUGCAGCAGCGCCGAGGCCGAGACUCAGACCUGCUACACCAGCGUGAAGCAGGUGUCUUCUGCGGAGGUGCGCAUCGGGCCCAUGAGACUGACGCAGGACCCUAUUCAGGUUUUGCUGAUCUUUGCAAAGGAAGAUAGUCAGAGCGAUGGCUUCUGGUGGGCCUGUGACAGAGCUGGUUAUAGAUGCAAUAUUGCUCGGACUCCAGAGUCAGCCCUUGAAUGCUUUCUUGAUAAGCAUCAUGAAAUUAUUGUAAUUGAUCAUAGACAAACUCAGAACUUCGAUGCAGAAGCGGUGUGCAGGUCAAUCCGGGCCACAAAUCCCUCCGAGCACACGGUGAUCCUCGCAGUGGUUUCGCGAGUAUCGGAUGACCAUGAAGAAGCAUCAGUCCUUCCUCUUCUCCACGCAGGCUUCAACAGGAGAUUUAUGGAGAAUAGCAGCAUAAUUGCUUGCUAUAAUGAACUGAUUCAAAUAGAACAUGGGGAAGUUCGCUCCCAGUUCAAAUUACGGGCCUGUAAUUCAGUGUUUACAGCAUUAGAUCACUGUCAUGAAGCCAUAGAAAUAACAAGCGAUGACCACGUGAUUCAGUAUGUCAACCCAGCCUUCGAAAGGAUGAUGGGCUACCACAAAGGUGAGCUCCUGGGAAAAGAACUCGCUGAUCUGCCCAAAAGCGAUAAGAACCGGGCAGACCUUCUCGACACCAUCAAUACAUGCAUCAAGAAGGGAAAGGAGUGGCAAGGGGUUUACUAUGCCAGACGGAAAUCCGGGGACAGCAUCCAACAGCACGUGAAGAUCACCCCAGUGAUUGGCCAAGGAGGGAAAAUUAGGCAUUUUGUCUCCCUCAAGAAACUGUGUUGUACCACUGACAAUAAUAAGCAGAUUCACAAGAUUCAUCGUGAUUCAGGAGACAAUUCUCAGACAGAGCCUCAUUCAUUCAGAUAUAAGAACAGAAGGAAAGAGUCCAUUGACGUGAAAUCGAUAUCAUCUCGAGGCAGUGAUGCACCAAGCCUGCAGAAUCGUCGCUAUCCGUCCAUGGCGAGGAUCCACUCCAUGACCAUCGAGGCUCCCAUCACAAAGGUUAUAAAUAUAAUCAAUGCAGCCCAAGAAAACAGCCCAGUCACAGUAGCGGAAGCCUUGGACAGAGUUCUAGAGAUUUUACGGACCACAGAACUGUACUCCCCUCAGCUGGGUACCAAAGAUGAAGAUCCCCACACCAGUGAUCUUGUUGGAGGCCUGAUGACUGACGGCUUGAGAAGACUGUCAGGAAAUGAGUAUGUGUUUACGAAGAAUGUGCACCAGAGUCACAGUCACCUUGCAAUGCCAAUAACCAUCAAUGAUGUUCCCCCUUGUAUCUCUCAAUUACUUGAUAAUGAGGAGAGUUGGGACUUCAACAUCUUUGAACUGGAAGCCAUUACACAUAAAAGGCCAUUGGUUUACCUGGGCUUAAAGGUCUUCUCUCGGUUUGGAGUAUGUGAAUUUUUAAACUGUUCUGAAACCACUCUUCGGGCCUGGUUCCAAGUGAUCGAAGCCAACUAUCACUCUUCCAAUGCCUACCACAACUCCACCCAUGCUGCCGACGUCCUGCACGCCACCGCUUUCUUCCUCGGAAAGGAAAGAGUAAAGGGAAGCCUCGAUCAGCUGGAUGAGGUGGCAGCCCUCAUUGCUGCCACGGUCCAUGACGUGGAUCACCCGGGAAGGACCAACUCUUUCCUCUGCAAUGCAGGCAGUGAGCUUGCUGUGCUUUACAAUGACACUGCUGUUCUGGAGAGUCAUCACACCGCCCUGGCCUUCCAGCUCACUGUCAAGGACACCAAAUGCAACAUUUUCAAGAAUAUUGACAGGAACCAUUAUCGAACGCUGCGCCAGGCUAUUAUUGACAUGGUUUUGGCAACAGAGAUGACAAAACACUUUGAACAUGUGAAUAAGUUUGUGAACAGCAUCAACAAACCAAUGGCAGCUGAGAUUGAAGGCAGCGACUGUGAAUGCAACCCUGCUGGGAAGAACUUCCCUGAAAACCAAAUCCUGAUCAAACGCAUGAUGAUUAAGUGUGCUGACGUGGCCAACCCAUGCCGCCCCUUGGACCUGUGCAUUGAAUGGGCUGGGAGGAUCUCUGAGGAGUAUUUUGCACAGACUGAUGAAGAGAAGAGACAGGGGCUACCUGUGGUGAUGCCAGUGUUUGACCGGAAUACCUGUAGCAUCCCCAAGUCUCAGAUCUCUUUCAUUGACUACUUCAUAACAGACAUGUUUGAUGCUUGGGAUGCCUUUGCACAUCUGCCAGCCCUGAUGCAACAUUUGGCUGACAACUACAAACACUGGAAGACACUAGAUGACCUAAAAUGCAAAAGUUUGAGGCUUCCAUCUGACAGCUAAAGCCAAGCCACAGAAGGGGGCCUCUUGACCAACAAAGGACACUGUGAAUCACAGUAGUGUAAACAAGAGGCCUUCCUUUCUAAUGACAAUGACAGGUAUUGGUGAAGGAGCUAAUGUUUAAUAUUUGAUCUUGAAUCAUUCAAGUCCCCAAAUUUCAUUCUUAGAAAGUUAUGUUCCAUGAAGAAGAAUAUAUGUUCUUUUGAAUACUUAAUGACAGAACAAAUACUUGGCAAACUCCUUUGCUCUGCUGUCAUCCUGUGUACCCUUGUCAAUCCAUGGAGCUGAUUCACUGUAACUAGCAGGCCACAGGAAGCAAAGCCUUGGUGCCUGUGAGCUCAUCUCCCAGGAUGGUGACUAAGUAGCUUAGCUAGUGAUCAGCUCAUCCUUUACCAUAAAUGUCAUCAUUGCUGUUUAGCUUGACUGUUUUCCUCAAGAGCAUCGAUCUGAAGGAUUCAUAAGAAGCUUAUCUGAACAGAUUUAUCUAAGAAAAAAAAAUGACAUAAAAUAAGUGAAACAACUAGGACCAAAUUACAGAUAAACUAGUUAGCUUCACAGCCUCUAUGGCUCCAUGGUUCUUCGGGCCGAUGGUAUGACACAUAAGUUAGAACACAGCCUUGGCUGGUGGGUGCCCUCUCUCGACUGGUAUCAGCAGCCUGUGUAACCCCUUUCCUGUAAAAGGGGUUCAUCUUAACAGAAAGUCAUCCAUGAUGACGGAAAAAGUGGCAUUUCAUUUUUGGGGAAUCCAUGAGCUUCCCUUAUUUCUGGCUCACAGAGGCAGCCACAAGGCACUACACCAAGUAUUAUAUAAAAGCCAUUAAAUUUGAAUGCCCUUGGACAAGCUUUUCUUAAAAAAAAAAAAAAAAAAGUUUAUAUACAUGUUUAAAAUUUUUAUUAAAAUCCAAAUUUUCUGGGUGUAAGCCCAUGCAGUAUGUUGUGCCAUGCACCAUCUAUAUGUAAUAUUUCGGGAGGGGAUAGGGGAAGUUUCAAGGUUUAGAUAUUUUUAACCAAUCUGUAUUUGAAAUCAUGCCAUUAGCUUUAACAAUGUUAAAAUUGUGUGGUGUAAAUAUAUCAGAAAAUAGGCAUAUGGGGAGGCAGUAAAUACUAUUUUAAGCUAUUAAUUGUAUGCUAAAAGCUUCUAAAGCACAAGUGCAUAUUUUUAUACUGCUCUUUUCACAACUCUCUGUGGUCUACAUAAAGUCAGACUUGAGAUUUUCCUUUCUCUUUUACCAGCCGAUCCUUCCUAUGUAUUAUAAAUAUUAGACUCCGUAAACAAACUUCAUUUUUCUUUCUCUGUACUUCAUGCUGCAUUUUUAAAAGGUACAAACAGAGACUGAAUUAAUUGAAUCAGUAAUUACUUUUUUCCAAUACAAAUUGGAAUGCAGAAUACUUGGAACUUGUACAUGGGGAAAAAAUGACUUAUCACUACAUAAUGUGCCAAUGUUUUUUUCUAUGUUUUGUACCAAAAAUGGAAAAAUAUGACAAUUCCAUGCAAAGAAAUGUAUCUAAAUUAUUUUUGUUAGAUGAUAAGAGAACUUGCUUGGUCAGGACAGCAGCCAGCUUUGUACUGUAAUGCUAUAUUAUGUAAAUGUGAUGAAAAUGUUUUUGUGAAGUACUUGUAACUAAAUUCCUACAGCCAUUUUUCAUUCCCAACAGCUGUUUUUAUUUUACCUCUUUGGCCUAAACUUUUCAUAAUUUCAAAUUUGGGGUUUAGUGUCCUUUAUUUCAUGAGUCAUACACUUUGUUUUCAGAGCACAUUAAAAUCAGGAUGCCAGAAUCCCAUAUUAAGGACCUAGCUAACUUGCCUAGGCUUCAGAAGCUUGCUUGAGGCAAGGACAGUCUUUUUCUGAUCAUCUCACUUUCAGUUCUAUUUGGUAAGUAACAUUUAUCAGGUGUCAGACAUCUUCUAUAUGAAAUAUUUACAGCUUACUCAGUUUUAUGUCAAAUUUGUUGUUAACUUCAAACUUUUUAUUAGUAAUUUACUAAUUUUAUUAGUAAUGUGCAAAUGUUUAAAAAUGCUUUAAGACAGCUAGGUACUAAAGCUUCAACGAUUUUCUGCUCUUUACCAGUGUAAUCUACAGUAUAAUCUUCUGGCCUGUGAACUAGUCUAUUCUUCCACAUAGUCAACUUGUUAGAAAUACAGGCUUUCAGAUGGUAUGUGUAUCAGAUAGUUUAUGUUAUAUAAACUAUUAUAACUGCCUCUUACACGGAGUUGUUUACUUAAACGUCAUGUGCUGAGGGGGGCCGUAUUAGGAAAAUGCAACACUCUCUAAUAAUUUCCGUGACUAGUAAGAGAAGAAGGAAGCCAGUUAUAAAACACUGCUGGACCAGAAUGACCCUAUAAUUUCCUAAGAUCAUUCUUUAUUUCUAAUUUAAGAUUUUUAAAUUUACUUGCCCUCCAUGUCAGGACUGGUUAGCAUUCUGGGCAAAAAAAAGCAAGCCUGUCAGUUCACUCAGAACCUACUCAGCUUUAGAGAGAGAAACAGAAGGGAUGAUCUUGUGCCCUUGUGCUAUGUGAAUAUAGCCAGAGACUGAGGUAAUUAAUAAAUAUAUUUUUAAAUAAAAAUGACAAGGCAUUUGUACACUGUAACACUAUGUAGUGUUACUUCUGCUGUUGCAAGUAUCUUAACUGUUGAAAGCUAAACUCAGGAAAUGGAGAAAAUGUACAUAAUAUACAUUGACCCAUUAUUUUAUUCUAAAUUGAAAGUCCAACUUUUAGCAGCAGUCUACCUGCAACUACUGAACACCAUCAGAUUUGAGUCCCUACCAGAAUCUCCCAUCAUACUGUUAUCCCCCAUCUCUCUGACCUUAGGGCAUGCAUGAAAACAAAAGCAAUCUAGUCCCCAGGGUUGGAGACUGCCCUCUAGACAGUUUUUCAUGGCAGAAAAUUAGAAUACAAGGAUACCUCAUUUUAUUGCAUUCUGCUUCAUUGUGCUUCAAAGAUACUGCCUUUUCUACAAAUUGAGGGCUUGUGGCCACCCUGCAUAGAGCAAGUCUAUCGGGGCAUUUUCCCAACAUGGGCUCACUUUGUGUAAGUGUCACAUUUUGGUUAACUCUUACAGUAUUUCAAAUGUUUUUAUUCUUGUAUCUGUCAUGGUGGUCUGUGAUCAGUGAUCUUUGUUACUAUUGUAAUUGUUUUAGGGUACUGCAAACCAUGCCCAUAUAAGACAGUGAACUUAAUUGAUAAAUCUUGUGUAUAUUCUAACUGUUCCACCAACUAGCAGUUUCUAAUCUCUCCCUCUUCUUAGACCUCCCUAUUCCCUGAGACACAACAAUAUCGAAAUUAAGCCAAUUAAUAACCUACAGUAGCCUCUAAAUGUGCAAGUAAGAGUCACAUGUCUCUCACUUUAAAUCAAAAGCUACAGAUAAUAAAGCUUAGUGAAGAAGGCAUGUUGAAAGCCCAGGCAGGUGAAAGCCAUGCCUCUUACACCAGUUAGCCAAGUUACGCAAAGGAAGAGUUCUUGAAAGUGUUACUCCAGUGAACAUGCAAACAAGAAAGUGAAACAGCCUUAUUGCUGAGAGGGAGAAAGUCUGAGUGGUCUAUAUAGAUUAAACCAGCCACAACAUUCCCUUAAGCCAAAGCCUAAUUCUUCAAUUCUUUGAAGACUGAGAGGUGAGGAAGCUACAGAAGAAAAGUUGGAAGCAAGCAGAGGUUGGUUCAUGAAACUAUCUCCAUUAACGUCAGAGUGCAAGGACAACAGCAGGAAGUUAUCUAGAUGAUCUAGCUAAGAUCACUGAAGGUGACUACACUAAACAACUGAGUUUGUGAAGAUGAAAUGGCCUUCUAUUAGAAGAGAUGUCAUCUAGGACUUUCGUAGCUAGGGAGGAGACGUUCAAUGCCUGCGAAUGUAGCUGGUGCCUUUAAGUUGAAGUCAGAGUUUAUUUACCAGUCCAAAAAUCUUAAGGCCCUUAAGAAUUAUGUUAAAUCUACUCUGCCUAUGCUCUAGAAGUGGAAUAACAAAGCCUAGAUGACAGCACAUCUGUUUUAUAGCAUGCUUUAUUGAAUAUUUAAGCCUAUGGUUGAGACCUGCUCAAAUUUCUUUCCAAAUAUUACUGCCCAUUGACAAUGUUACCUGGUCACCUAAGAGUUCUGAUGGAUGUACAAGGAGGUUCGUGUUGUCUUCAUGCCUGCUACAACAGCAUCUAUGCUGCAGUCCAUGGGUCAAGGAGUCACUUCGACUUUUAAGUCUUAUUUAAGAAAUACAUUUAAUAAGGCUGUAGCUGCCCUAACUAGUGAUUCCUCUGAUGGGUCUGGGCAAAGUCAAUUGAAAACCUUCUGGGAAGCAUUUACCAUUCUACAUGCCACUAAGAACAUUCUGAUUCAUGGGAGGCGGUCAAAAUUCCAACAUUAAAAGGAGUCUGGAAGAAGUGGAGCCUGAAGAUGUGAAUGAAUUGCUGUAAUCUCAUGAUCGAACUUUAAUAGAUGAGAAGUUGCUUAAGAAUGUGUAUAGAAAGUGGUUUCUGGAGAUAGUCAUUUCCACAGUGAAGAUGCUGUAAACAUAGUUAAAAUGACAACAAAGGAUUAAGAAUAUUCUAUAAACUUAGUUCAUAAAGGAGCAUCAGGGUUUGAGAUGACAGACUCUAAAUUUUGAAAAGUUCUACUGUGGGUAAAAUGCUAUUAAAUAGUAUUACAUGUUACAGAGAUCUCAUUUGUGAAAGGAAGUCAAUUGAUUUGGAAAACUUCAUCGCUGUCUUAUUUUAAGGAACUGCCACAGCCACCCCAACCUUCAGUAACCACCUUAGUCAACAGCCAGCAGUAUCAAGACCCUCCACCAGCAAAAAGAUUAUGACUCACUGAAGGCUCAGAUGAUUGUUAGCAUUUUUUAGCAAUAAAGUAUUCUUAAGGUAUGUACAUUUUUUAGAAAUUUAAGACUGUAGUAUAAACAAGUUUUAUAGGCACUGGGAAACCAAAAACUAGAUGUGACUCACUCUAUUUGCAAUAGUUGCUUUUUUGAUGUGGUCUGAAACCUAACCUAUAAUAUCUCUGAGGUAUGCCUGUAUAAUGACCAGAAGGAAUUUGCUGUGGUACUUACGGUACCAUUUGCUUCCAAAAUUCAUGUGAUUUCUACCACUCCAUUUGAAUAGAUUACUAUCACAAAAUACUAGCCCAGAACAGGCUAGGAAGUAAAACAGUUAAGUCUAUGGCUCCCUUGUGUCAUACAACUUCAGAAAACAACUUUACAAAUGUAUGGGCCAAUACAGAAUUUCUAAAGGAAAAAGCACGUGAGUAAUGGGAGAAAGUCUUCUGUAAUUGACGUAGCUUAAGUUUUAAUAUUUCUCCAUAAAACUUUUCAUGACUCAAUGUUAUGUGGAUUUAAAGUAGUCAUAUAAGCCUUUCUUUCUCACUCAGUCUUCAGUUCCCUGUUUUUAGAGCUGCUCAGUGAUACUGGGCACUACAGAUUUAAUUGCAAGGCCUUACCGCACUGGGCCUCAGUUUCCUCAUUUGUAACAUUAUGCCACUGGUCUACUCAGAUGACCUUAACUCUUCCAGUCUUUGUAGGUAGUUGUGGAAGCAACUGUCAAAGCUAAAACUAGUAAAAAGAACUUAGGAAGAUUCCCUUUAGGGUAUAUUUGUAGUAUAUUUGUAUAAUGAAUAAAUCUGUAGAAGGUUUUCCGUAAGACGGGUCAGUCUGCUAACAUCAGUCACGUUGCCCUUUCUUAAUCAGUAGUUUAAGAAUUUCAAUCUUUAAUAUGUAGACUACUUUCUAAUUUUUUUAUUUUUUAGCACCAAAAGGAGAAAACAUAUUGUUACAAGGCUGGUUAUAGUGUCUCAAUGGACACUGCAAAGAACUACGUAAAAGAAGUCUCUCAAGCAGUUCGUAUCUUAGUCAGUGGUCAGAUGGGGCAGUUGUGCUCAGCUACAGUCCCUGACUCUGGAAACACUGUGCCUCUCAAAUGAUCUAGAGCUCAUCCUUGGCGUACAUGAGGGGCAGUUGUUGUUCUAGUACCCAUUUAGCCCAUGGCUCUUCAAGCCAGUUCACACUGGGAAAAAUACACCCUCAUAAGAUGCCUAUCCAUUUGAGUUCAUACAGGUUUUAGUAGCUAGAACUGAAAAACAUUUUUAAAAUUAUCUAAACAAAUUGGUACCAAAAAAAAACUUGCCAUACUUAAACAGUAUAUAUGUUCCUUUUUUUGGCUGAGAGAUUCAAGUUUGUGCUAUAUAGAACACUCACAGUUACUAAAGACUAGGAAAAUUUGCAGGAGAAAGGCUAUUUUUAAACUUCACAAUAAUUCUAAAGGAAGCCAAAUAAUAAAACUUCUAAUAAAUGCCAUAACUUAACUAUUAUCUCUAUUUGUACCUUUCACAAGGGUCUAGGUUCAAAAUAAGCUCAAAACACAGCACUCACCACUUCAACAGCAGCUCAAAGUCAAAUGGAAAAACUUGUGGUAUAUUCUUUGGAGGAUAUACUAGGUAGGACCUGAGAAGCAACAUGUUCCUGGUUGGUAGGUCCAUAAAAAAUUUAAACAUGUAGAAUUUUAUGGACUGACAAAAAAAUUUACCAAUUUAAGUGAUCAAUGUAUUAAUGGUUUUCAGAGUAGUACCCGAUAUUUGAUGUUCAAGGUUCAUGCAUGUGUAUUUUUAAUUCCUUAAACUAGACAGCAAGGUAUAAGUCACCAUUCUCCUCUAAUUUUUGAAAUAAUCUUAAACUGCGCAAUCCAGAUUCUCGC